GCAGGACAGACAAUCUCUACAGACUUUCAGCCUUUGGGAACCACAAUCGGCCGGGGGUGGCGAGAACGGGCCCACAAAAGAGGUAGCUUGGCCCUCCGCUCGGAGACUCUGGGGGCAGGUGGUCAUGCCAUAGGGCGGGCCAGGGAAGGAUGCCUCCCCUGCAGCCAACGCACCCGAACAGCAGGUACCCUGGCAUGCCCCAUGAGCCUCGGAGCGCAAGAGCCGCCCAGCAUGGCCGGGACUUGUGCUGCUUCUGCUUAGCCAGCGACGGUCGGCAGGUGCCCAGCUCAGGGCUGGGGCGGCUGUGGAGGAAGUGGGGGAGGACGACCCACGGCUGCUUUGAAGAGCCCAGUCUGCUCCAGAUGCGCAGCCAUUCCCCGAACCCUUCCGAACAGAGGCGCUGCAGGCAGUGAUUCAAUGGAAGACACGCAUUCCAGCUCAUGGGGAUUUUAAAAGUUGGGCACCUGAUUGCGAAGGAAGGUAACUCCUGUGAAUGUGCAUGUCCUCUGGGCCAUGUGCAGAGUGACUCUCCCCUCGCCCGGUCAAUCUUCCCUACCGCCUCUCCGAAGUAAUUCUGAGCAAGCCAGAACCCCGAGCCUGAUUGGGGGGAAGCCGGUGUCAAAUCUGCUUUGCAAGGCCCCCCCCCCAUUUCCCUUUGUUUCAGAACCAGUGGGCCACAGUGAAAACCUUCAAGGGCAAAGGGCUUCCAUUGCCAAAGUUGUGGUAGAAGUCCUUCCAGAAAAGAAACAGCAUGUUGUAGCACACUGGACAGCUGCCAGCAAAGAUUGGCAGGGCCUCAUUUGGCAUUUGAACUUUGUUGGGUAUGUGGACACUGAAAAAUAGCAGCUGCCCAAAGCAGGUCAGACCAAGGAGGAGCAGGCCCACAAAAGCAUCCUGACCCAGGAGGUGCACUGGAAUGACGGGGUCCCGCAGCCCCACAAAGCAAAGGAAUUAAGAGCCAGCCAGAUAGCUCUGGACUUCGGCUGUUCAUGGCUGCACUCCCAGCCUCCCGGGCUUUGUAAAGCGUCCCCAUACCUCCCUGACUCUGCCUGGGAUUUUCCCACUGGCCAGUUUGCUGCUCCCAGCAAUACAGAUGACAUUCAUGUUGCUGAGAAAAGGAUUGGCUCCUUCUUGGCUCUUUUCAUCGACAAGAGAAUGUUGACUUUCAGCCCCAAGGUGGCCUGGAGGACAGACCGAGAGGACUCUGCUCACUUCGAUCACUGGCCCAACGCCCUGGCUGAGGAAUCCUCCUCUGCAGGGAUCCUGGAGUCAACGUAA